UGUGACAGUGACAUGCAUCUUGCCGUACUGUUUGUCAUUACAAGGUGUGUCACUCAGUAUAUCCCUGGUAACGGUGAGCUAAUCAAUAUUUAUGGCAAUCAGCUGGUAUCUCUGGGAAGGUUCCUUCCUGACUCUCCUGUGAGCUAUUCUGUGCCUGCCCCACAUGGGUAUCAGACAUCCUGCAUUACCUAGCUGAGACAGGCCAAAGGUGAGUGCAGCAGGCUUGGGCUGAACCAGGGAGACAGGUUUACUGUGCACCAUGCCUGCCUUGCAGAGGAGGAAGAGAAUCGGCGUCUGUGUCAACGACAAGAAGAAAAGAAAACUCAACUUUCAUGUCUUUGAGGAACUUUGCAAGAGCCGCGGAUACGAUGUGACGGAUGUGGAUCUCUCAUUGCCCCUCAGUAACCAAGGUCCCUUUGAUCUGAUUAUACACAAGUUGUCAGACCUUCUUGUAGAAGCUGGCCAAGACCUCAAAUCCCAUUAUCUCGUCCAGCAGCUUCAGGUCUAUCUGGACACUCACCCGUACACUAUUCUCCUGGACCCCCUGCCCGCUCUGCACACCCUCCUCGAUCGAUUCGAGUCCUAUCACUUACUGCGCAGCCUGGAGUCCCGCAACAAUGGUAUCUGCUCGGUCUUCUCCCCGCCAUGUGUGGAGUUGGUGUCCAAACAUUGCGAUAUUGUCUCCCUGGUGCGGGCCCAUCUCACCUUCCCAAUCAUCUGUAAGACACGAAUCGCCCACGGACCACGUUCUCACCAGAUGUCCCUGAUAUUUAACGAGGGGGGUUUAAAUGAAGUGACUCCCCCAUGCCUCUUACAAAGCUUCAUUAAUCACAAUGCUACUCUUUACAAGGUAUUUGUGGUGGGGUCAGAACAUUUUGUGGUACGGAGACCCUCUCUGCGGAAUUUCCCCUUGGGAGAGACAGAUGAAAAGACCAUUUUCUUCAACAGUCAUGAGGUUUCCAAGGCUGAGUCCUGUUCCCACCUCUCACAAGCGAUGCCAUGCCCAGAGGUUCACCCGCCACCAGCAGCGAUAGUGAAAAAAGUGGUACAGAGCCUCCAGGAGGCCCUUGGUAUGUCGCUGUUCGGAGUGGAUGUUAUCGUCGAUACACAGAGCGGCCGAUGUGCAGUCAUUGAUGUCAAUGCAUUUCCAGGUUAUGAAGGGGUCCCCGAGUUCUUUCAAGCUCUCCUCUCUCAUGUGGAAAAACUCUUUGAAGAUCCCAAGGAGCCAUCCCCAGACCCCCCUGCAGAAGCUCCCCAGACCCUGCGAGGACCUGCUCCCUCAAACUCCUGGGUGGCAGACUCAGCUUUAGCAGAUCCAUAUAAAAAUAGCCUCCCCGAUACCCCCUAUUUUAAUUUGUGUACCCCCAACCUUUCGGAUGACUGGUGACAGAAUUAGUAGGUAAAUGAAUCUUCCAAGGGAAGAGCUGCAGGGUAUAAUAUGGCUUUCUCCUUCCAGAAGCUCCGUCCUUGGACUUACUUGUGUGCUUCCCUUUAUUGGCCGAGGCCUUUUCACCUAACUGACAUGAUGAAGGGUCAGGUGGGAUUACAGAUCAAUGCUAAUAUGGUCUUUUUAAUUGAGAAAAAGGAGGCAUAACUCUUUUUUUCUGUGUCCCCCCACUCCCUCCACAUUAUGAGUUCUCCGAUAUCAAAUGUUCAUUGUUUUUUUGUUUGUUUUUUAUUGGUUAUUACGGCAAACAAUACUGAGAGCAAAUGACCUCACAUUAUAGAAAUGUACAUGUAGGAAAACUUCCCCGCAUUAAGAACCAAGAAAACAUCCCGCCUGCAGCCCCAGACAGAACGAUGCAGCCAGUUUACAACAAAUAAAAGAUUUUAAAAAUUCUCAAACUAAGGAAUGUGUGCUGGAUAGAGUCUACUUGGAGCAGGAGAAGAUAUUCAAUGAUCCUAUGUCUGUGGUUGCAGCCUGACGUCCCUACAUGUUCUGCUGGCCACCUUCUAGGACAGUCACAGGCCGACCUAGCCCAGGGUCUUACCACAUGUAAUGGGAUGCUUUGGGGGGUUUUGGACUUUUUUUUUUUUCCUUCUACCCAGCUAGAGCCCAAACAUUUUAUGUGAAGCUCACUCAAAGCUAAGCCACAAGAGGAUUGGCUUUAUGUCUUCUAACAGUAUAAAGCCAGCCUUGGAAGAUCAGAAAUUAUGUAUGUACACAGGAUAGUGGAAAGUGGACAAGGAAGACGCAAGGUUAAGCACUAGCUUUAGGGUCAACCUUGGCGCAGCUGCUGUAAUCUCUCUGCAGUUUUCCUCAGCUCUCUCUCCACCUCCUGCAGGUCCUGCUCCUGUGGAGAAAGCACAGAAUACUGUUAACUGUGAACAUCAUACAACUCAUACAAAAAAAUGGACAAAGGAUUUUCUGUGACAUUACAGACUUUGUUUCAACUACCAAAAUAUGUUUACUAGUCACACCCUAAAUCUCAGGCUUUGGUUCAUGAGACGAAAGUCCUGCUCUAACGCUAUAGGCCGGAUUCUCCAAAGAACAAACACAAACUGUUUGCUGCUAUUUAAAGGUGUGAUUACAGCAGGUAUCAAGGUCCAGUAUUUCAGCUCUAUCCAUAAUGGUUGCAAAUGGUGUCAAGACAAAAAUUACUAAUGGCAAGCACACAAAUUUGAACGUAAUGGAGGUUAUCUAGUUCUCUGUAAAUGUAAUUUUCCAUUCAUCUUCGAUGUUUAUGAAACUAAAGGUUUUUAUGAUCCUGACACAUGAGAAGAGCUGGACUAACCAGUUUCAACUAACAAACCAUGCUUUUCUGAAUUCAUGGCUGUUCGUGUGUCCAAAAGUCUGCGUGUGACCCACAUUCCUGCGACUCUCUAUCCCUCAGCACUUUUCUCCAUUCUUCUUAUGACCCCCUAUCUGUUUGUUCUUCUUAAGACCCGAUAUUUUGCAUCUCUAUCUGCCUGUUCUUCUCAUUCCCUAAGAGCUUCCAUCUCUAUCUGUUAAUUCUUCUCAUGCCCCAAUAUUUUCCAUCUGUAUCUGUUUGUUCAUCUCAUGACCCAAGACUCUGUAUUUAUGCAUUUUAAUUUGUCUAAUUUUUUAAAAAAAAAUUCUAUAAGUUUGUAGGCUUGCAGGUAGAGCUUCCAAAACUUGUGUUUCUUUUUUUUGUCUGUUAUCAAUCUCUUUGUUCAGACAGACACGCACGCGCGCGCACAUGCUCACACACACACACACUCUCUCUCUCUCUCGUUUUAGGGCUUAUUCAUUGAACAGUGAAUUGUAGAGCAUUAAAAUUGAAGUUGAAUUGGAGAUUUUUCCAGCUAAUUGGUCUUAAAAUUUUAUUAUUUAGUGAAUAAAGUCUUUAGUGACACCAUAGUUGGUCUCUCAGAUGCACGCAGUCCCUGUGACAUACUGUUUUCACUUUUGGCACUUCCAUGACUUCUUGCGUACGAGAGCUUAUUCCAUGAUAUCAAAUAAACCAUUUAAUUCCA